CCAAAAUUGAAAACAAUGCCAACGUGGGUCCAGCAGGGUGAACUGUUUUUAGAUUUACAAUGGCAUAUGAUAAGCCCAAGACAAAGGUGGCAGCUUCUGUAGCCAGGGUAAUAUGAACAUCUAUUUUUGAUGGUAAAGAAAACCACACAUAACAAAGGAAGGAUCUUGAAUGAGGAUUUUCAUCAGCAGCGUUGAUUAUCUGUCUUUGUGUGAAACACAAUGUCUGCCAAUUGUCACUAGAGAUGAAACUAAAGACUUCAAUUUCUUUGCUGAAAUAUAUACCAUUUGUCAUGCAAUAUCAAUUGCUGAAAAAGCAAGAAAUUUGAAAAACAGAAUAGGUCCAGGGAACAGGCCAACAUUUGAUAAUGUUGCCUGUAAAGCCACCAAAGAACAUGUUGCAUGAAGAGAAUGAUUAGCUUUGGUGUAGGAUUAUCAGCAUCAAAAGCUGCUACACAUAGGGGCCUUGUUCUACAACAUUGUUUUCUGACUUGAAGACAGGUACAUAUAGUAAAUUCCACUUUUCCUGUUAUAAAAACUAUCCUGUUUUACAUGAGGAUGAGGCGGAUGUUUUAAUUGACAUUCUACCUGGUCACAGGUGUUCACUCUGGUUUCCCAAGUGUGAUGUACGUGUCAUAUAUUUUUUACUUUUCAUAUAAGACUGCCAUCAUAGCUGUUUUGUAAAGGCUAACUUUUUUGCGGGAAACUCAUUUGACUUAUGCUAGUACAGAAAGGCUUCAGCAGUUGAAUUAAGCAUUUCUAGCAGGAAGAUAAAAUCACAGAUAAAUUAUGCUGGGGUUACGCUUACCACAUGCUGUGGCUUUGUCAAAUAUCCAUUUAAGAAGCUACUUGAUUGAUUAGGUAUUCAGACAACAGAAUGGCAUACAGAUUUGGACGUAAGAUGAACACACAGUGUAUGUUAUACACUUUGAUUGCUUUGAUCAUUCUCUGGAUUUUUUAUAUCGGGCUUCUACCUUGCUAUCCAGUUGAUGAUGGCAUCAAGUUUGUUCCAAAUGCACAGUACAUGUAUCUUGCUGAUAAUACUAGCAUCCAGUAUGAUAGGAACUUACCACUUGUGUUUGUGGGGGGGUUUCCCCGAAGUGGAACCACUCUGAUGCGAGCCAUUUUAGAUGCUCACCCAGAAGUUAGAUGUGGAGAAGAGACAAGAAUAAUUCCACGUUUACUUGGGAUGCAAAACAAUUGGAAAAGAUCGCCUAUUGAAGCAAAGAGACUUUUAAAUGCUGGCAUAACAGAAGAUGUUAUAGAUUCAGCCAUGGCUGCAUUUAUUUUAGAAGUUAUAGUGAAACACGGAGAGCCAGCCAAACGUUUGUGUAACAAGGAUCCCUUUGCUCUUAAGUCAAUGAUGUAUCUUGCAAAGUUAUUUCCACAGGGAAAGUUUAUCUUCAUGAUACGUGAUGGCAGGGCUGUAGUUCAUUCCAUCAUGUCACGCCAAGUUUCAAUAUCUGGGUUUAAUCUCAGUGAUCCAAAGAGCUGCUUGGAAAAAUGGAGUAAAGCGGUAGAGACAAUGCACUCUCAAUGUAUACAUAUUGGACCCAGUAAAUGUUUGCCAGUCUAUUAUGAAGAGUUGGUGCUACAUCCAAGGACUUCCCUCAAAGGAAUAACAAGAUUUCUUAAUCUUCCAUGGAAUGAUGCACUGCUUCAUCAUGAAGAAUAUGUUGGAAAACCCGGAGGUAUAUCCCUGUCUAAGGUGGAGAAAUCAACAGAUCAAGUGGUAAGGCCUGUAAAUGUUGAUGCUUUAACAAAAUGGGUUGGAAAGUUUCCAAAAGAAGUGAUUGAUUCUAUGAAUCAGCUUGCACCUAUGCUCAACCAACUGGGCUAUGACCCUAGGGCAAAUCCACCAAACUAUGGAAAACCAGAUGAUGAAGUUAUAUUGAAAACUAAACAGGCACAAAACCAAGAGGAAGGGAAAUACAGACAGAACAGUCAAAAGUCCAUGAGGUGAUUCCAUAGAUGAGCCAGUUUGAUGUUCAUUUGAUGAAGAUUCAGGUUCUUUUACCCAAAUUUGAUUGAGAUUUAUUAUUUGUUUGUAAUAUGACUUAAUGUUAACAUUUCUGACAAACAUGGUGCUCGGCAUAUUUUUGUCUUGACUUAUUGGUUUUUAGUUGUAUAGAUGUGUUUUUUGUCAGACUAGAAGCCAGAAUUUUCACAGAAUAAAAUCUCAAGAGUGGACUUAUUAACAUUUUUUGGCAUAUUUUAACUUGCUCCAACUAUAAUUAGCAGGAUAAACAAUGUAUAUAAUUGUAUUUCUAUUUGUAUUUUUUGACAAUCUUUUCUCCUUUUGACUUUUUCAGUCAAGAUACAAAGUAAUUAUGAUCACUUCAUUUUGAAGUCUACAUUACUAAGUUGUAUCAUUUUUCUGCUUUCUGUUAAUGUAAGAACACACAAAUUGUAGAUUAUCUUAUUUACGUACUGCAUGCAUCUCAUUAUUAUUUGAAAAGAUACAUGGGUCUGUUAUUGAAAGUAAUGAUUAAGUUAUUGACACUACCAUCACAAUUCUUCGCCAAAGCAAAUUGAAAUUCAUCAGUGAAGUGUGUUACUUUGUACUCAGUAAGGUACAAGAUAUUGGUACAGUGAUGUGGAAGAUUUUUUCAGAUAAGGGGUUCUGCUUUGUAUUGGGAACAUUGCAUCCCACUUGUUAUGAUGAUAAAUGCAUUAUUUUUAUCACUACAGUUUCCAUUCGGUCAGGGAGAAAAUGAAGUUCUGAGUUUUAGACUUACAUGUUCUAUAUUAUAGCACUAACACUACAGUCUAAUAGGGAGUUACAUUAUCUAGUAUAUGCCAAGUUGUGUCUAAUUUGGGUAUUAUUUCACCUUAUGAUAUUCUGCUAUGACAUAUACUCAACAAAAGACAGUAUUCAUUAUGUUUUGCUUUGCAUUGGUUUUCCACUUAUGUAUAACAGCAGCAGUUGCUGCCCACAUACCAAAGAUGGAGAAUAAGUGCAUCAAUUUAGAGAUGAUUGCUUUACUUAAUGACUACUUUAUCUUAAUAGAGUGGCAAAGACAUCAUGAGAGUUUUAUUCAGUGAAGAGGAUUAUCUAUAUGAUGUGACAAGUAUAAAUUUUGCAGGUUCAGAGGUUUUGUGCACUUGUAAAAUUGACGACUUACAUCUAGGCCAUUACAUGUUGUUUUUAGCAUUUUGAGUAAAGAUACCAGUGCUUUAAAAUUUUUUUUAUUUCCAAAAUAGGUUAAUUUUUUUACCCUUUGUUAUAUACUAUGCUAUUGUUCAUUUUUUAUUGUAUUCACAGCACCAUUAUGCCCCUGGAGAGUAUUGCUUUAGUUUUGUAUUCAGUAUUAGAACUGUAGAGGCAAACAGAAGAAACUUACAUUAUUUAAAGAUUUAGGUAAAGUUCAGUUUAUUUGUCUUGGAAACUUUGUGCCAUAUGGUAUCUUGUAUGUAUUUUAUCAUUAUCAGAGGCUUUCUUGCAAACAUUUGAAUUAUAUAGCAUAAAUAUUUUUGAUUUGCUAUAACGGUAACAUAAAGUCAGUUCAGAACUGUUUGCCCUAAAAUUGAUAUGUCUUUAUUUUUUCUGUCAUCUGGUCAAUUUGUGCAAUUUUACUGUUCAACUUGUAGGAAUUGUCACUUUUGAAAGGUUUACAGGGCCAUUCCACUUUGUCUUCUCCAUGCGUAUUAUAUGUUAAAGAUUUUUUUUACAUGAAAAAGGAAUGAUGGUUGGGAAGAGGUGUUAUGGACGUUAUGGACAGAUGUAAUACUAUGUGAAGUACCUGUGCACAAUUGUUGUUUUUUUGUUAUAAAAAAUAGAGAGAGAGCAUUGAAUCAUAUUUUGGAUACUUUUCUUUGAAUGCAUAAUAGCUGCUACACUCAUUAUUCAAAACUCUCCAGAUUUUUGACAGAUUUAAUACCAGCUCUAAAUAAUCUAUAUAAGCCUUUCUGGGAGCAUUUUAAAAAACUCAAAUUUAGUGUGAAUAUUUUAAAUAUUUUAUAUCUUAAUUAUAUAUGAAGUCAAAUCUUUGUCAUUAAACCUGACCAAAUGUCAUGAUAUAGUUUCAAAAUGCAUAAUUUAAAGAACUGCUAAAAAGAUGAACAGAUAUUUUCUUUCUUUCUGUGCUAUAUAUAUAACCCUCUGUCAAUUACACCAAUGUUCAUUUAAAUAUUUAUACCAGUGUUUCAAUUAUUUAUUAAAUCAAAGCUUUAAUGGAUUUUUUUU